GAUUAUAUUCCCAAAGAGCGCACAGCCUCAUCAUUACUUUUCAACUGAUCUUGAAGAGCGUUUCUCAAGUGGGUGCUGCUGAAAACCCCAAAACUAUUUCAGCCAUGAAUUUCCUGGUGGCUUUUGUCGUGCUUGGCGUGGUGUGCUGCAGUGUAAGCGCUAAAGAAUCUAAACCAAAAGUGCAGAUCUACACCAGAAAUCCAGGUGUGUACGGGCAGGAGAAUGUUCUCAUCUGCUAUGUCAGUGAUUUCCACCCUCCCAAUGUUAAAGUUCAGCUGUACAAAAAUGACGUGAAAAUUCCCGGAACCAAGACCUCUGACUUGGCCUUCAAGAGGACCUGGGACUUCUUCCUGAUGCAGACCGUCCCUUUCACACCCCAGAAGGGCGACAUUUACUCCUGUGCGGUGGAUCACAGCACCCUUACGGGUCCUUCAAUGUACACAUGGGAGCCUGAUAUGUAAGGAGACCCCUAUUAGUUAAGAAGAAGAUCUUCAAUCUGAUUUUGAUGAACUGCUUGAACUUCACUUUUUCAAAUUAUCAAUAGCUAUCAAUAAUCUGGUCAUUUAUUAUAACUUCUUUCUCUUCUCCAUAAGAUUGGAAUGGCUUCUUUUUUUUAGUACUUUCUUUGUUUUUGCUUGAAAUGUUUUGCGUCUGACAUCUGCACUGCAGAACUACCACCCAAGAGAGCCGAGAUGGUGGGAGCCUGGAGCGCCUCUAGAGGUGAGAGGUGGAAAAGCAGCCAGCUCCAUCCAGCCGGUCUGCACCCUGCCAGUCUGCCAGUCAGGGAAUGAAGAACUGAUUUGUCCAAUCAGAUACCUGACUGUUCAAGUGGGCGGGGCUUGAGUAAUUCCUAGCUAGACAGCUUGAGGUGGCACCGGGGUCCCUGCUGGCCGAGGCUCGUAUUUAUCCACUGGGUAUAAACUUUGCUCGUAGGUGAAAGGAGAGAAUUUCUUGAUUUUUUCUUUAAAAUAAAUUGUGGUAGUAGUUCAGUUAAGAUGAAUAUAUUGUUUUUCAAAGUGAGUCAUUAUAGUUGUUUGAAAGUUCUGAUUGUGGAGGUGCAAAUGCACAAAAACAUUUAAAAACAACCUUUAAAAGAAAUGUUUGACAUAAAAACCUAAGAAAAGAAUAAAAAUACAGCAUAGACCCCCAAGCAAUAUGUUUUUACUGUUUAGUAACUCUGAAUUAUUUCCUCCUUU